AUGGGCACACAUAUCUCAAAAGUCAAAUCGGUAGAUUUGGAUGCAUGGACAGAUGACCAGAUUGAAAAUAUCGUUCAAUGGGGCAAUGCCAAAUGUAAUGGAUUUUGGGAAGCUAAAUUGCCUGAGGGUUAUGUGCCCGACCAAUCAAAGAUUGAAAAUUUUAUAAGAACGAAAUAUGAUUUGAAGAAGUGGAGUUUGUCGUCAACGGUUCCCAACCCUGCUAGCAUUAAGGCGAAAACAACAUUAGUGGACAGUGGCGACUCCGCUGCUGCUGCUGCUGCUGCUUCUGCUCAGACUGCCACCGCAUCUACGACUAACAACAACAAUGGGAUUACAAAGAGUCAAACUACGCCUGCUACUAAAUCUGGAUCGCUACUCGACGACGAUUUUGGAUUAUUCACUUCGCACAAGACGUCCAAACCAGCACUUUCAACUUCAGUGCCAUCACGUACUCCCCCUGUGGGAGUCACAGCCACAGCAAGAGCAGCAUCAGCAACUCCAGUAUCCACAGCUGAGUCACGACCACCACCAACACAGCAAUUACAAUCAGCACAAUCCACAGGAGGAUCAAUCUCAAGCAAUUCUAGACCCGACUUGAAGAAAUCAAUUCUUUCCUUGUAUGCAUCGCCUUCCGCAUCAAACAGUUUUGUACAAUCACAACAACAAUCACCACAAUACUCAAACAAAACAAACACAAGUGUCAACUCCUUAUCUGAUUCUUUGGCAGGACUUCAAUUCCAACCAUCCCUUUCAACAUCGAAUAUCAACAAUGGUGGUUCCAUUUAUAACAAACCACAAGCUCAAUCUACAGGAUCAUUGAAUGCAGCUAAACCAUUUGUCUCUGCCUCAACUCCAUGGAAUUCAGAGUGGAAUGAUUCCUCAUCCUCGUCAUAUACAGCCACUUCGAAAUCCAACAUGAACAGUUUGGAUGAUGAUUUGUUCAAGAAUGUAUGGAGUUAA